GCCUAAGAAAAGUGGGUUAUGAAAGAAGCUCCUCUCAGAGACUGUAUAGCCCUUCACUGGAAUAGGAGCAUUCAGCAAGAGAAAGAAAAAGGAAAAGACAAACAACAGCAACAAGAAAUCAGUAUCUUCUCUUUUUAAGGCUUUCCUUCACCUUUGCAAGUGGUUUAUUUUUGCAAAAAGCUUUUUUAGAAAAAGAAAUUGUAUUUUUGUUCAUUUGACUUUUUUUGUUUGUUUGCUCUGGUUUUAUGAGGGGCUCGUUAAGACUUAGGGGGGAAAGAAGAGAGGUGCAAGAGAGAGGAGGGGAGAGAAGAAAAGUGGAAAGGAUUAGAAGCUGGAAAAGCCCGGUCUGCUUUCACUCCUCGCUAGCUGUUGAUGAACGCUGUGUGUUUGUAAAUUGCUCUUCCUGUCCGACCUGCACACCCCGAGAGUGCCCAUCUCCCUAUAUAUACCCUGAAAGUCAGCGUGGCCACCAUGGUCGGAAGAGUUCAUCCGGAUCGGAAACAGUUGCCGCUGGUCCUACUGAGAUUGCUCUGCCUUCUCCCCACAGGACUGCCCGUUCGCGGCGUGGAUUUUACCCGAGGCACUGACAACAUCACCGUGAGGCAGGGGGACACGGCCAUCCUCAGGUGUUAUGUAGAAGACAAAAGCUCCAAGGUGGCCUGGUUAAACCGAUCUGGCAUCAUUUUUGCUGGACAUGACAAGUGGUCCCUGGACCCCCGGGUCGAACUGGAGAAACGGACUGCUCUGGAAUACAGUCUCCGCAUCCAAAAAGUGGAUGUCUAUGAUGAGGGCUCCUACACAUGCUCAGUGCAGACACAGCACCAGCCCAAGACCUCCCAGGUUUACUUGAUCGUCCAAGUUCCACCAAAGAUCUCCAACAUCUCCUCAGACGUCACUGUGAAUGAGGGAAGCAAUGUGACCCUGGUCUGCAUGGCAAAUGGUCGUCCUGAGCCGGUCAUCACCUGGAGGCACCUCACACCAACUGGAAGAGAAUUUGAAGGAGAAGAAGAGUACCUGGAGAUCCUUGGCAUCACAAGGGAGCAGUCAGGCAAAUAUGAAUGCAAAGCUGCCAAUGAGGUUUCCUCAGCAGAUGUCAAACAAGUCAAGGUCACUGUGAACUAUCCUCCCACUAUCACGGAGUCCAAGAGCAAUGAAGCUACCACGGGGCGACAAGCUUCUCUCAAAUGUGAGGCCUCCGCAGUGCCUGCACCUGACUUUGAGUGGUACAGAGAUGAUACCAGGAUAAACAGCGCUAAUGGCCUUGAGAUUAAGAGCAUUGAGGGCCAGUCCCUCCUGAUGGUGACCAAUGUCACUGAGGAACACUAUGGCAACUACACCUGUGUGGCUGCCAACAAGCUGGGAGUCACAAAUGCCAGCCUAAUCCUUUUCAGACCCGGGUCAGUGAGAGGAAUAAAUGGAUCAAUCAGCCUGGCCGUACCACUGUGGUUGCUGGCAGCGUCCCUGUUCUGCCUACUCAGCAAAUGUUAAUAGAAUAAAAAUUUACAAACAAAAAACAACACACAAAAAUGCGUCAUACAGGAGACAGAGAGAGAGAGAGAAAGAGAGAGAGAGCAAGGGGGGAGGACCGUUUCUUUUACAACUUUGUGUGUUCAGAAGUGAAGGGGAAAAAAUAUGACAACAAAAUAUCUAUAACAUUUUCAAAAGUCAAAUUCAUUAAGUAAAAAUUUGAAAACAACUUGGUGGAAAAUGCCACUGUGCAUGUAUGUGUGUUUGUGUGUGUGCGUGUGUGCGUGUGUGUAUGAACAAUUGGUUGCUGUGUAAAGACCACAUCACAUGCUGAGGACAUUUAGGUGUUCUUUAGAUAUGAAAGAGAGGAAAGAAAGAAAGG